GCCCGAACUGCGAGCCGCGGCGGGACCGAGCGCACGCAGGGGCGCGCCGGUGGCCGGGCCGGACGGGCUGCGGAGGCGCCGGUCGCGAGCACGCGAGGCCAAGGGCCAGACGGCCACCGGAGGGCACAGCGCUCCCGGUGCGGGGAGGGACCCGCCACCCGCGGCCCCCCACGCGGGGACAGCGAUGCGGUGCGCCCAAAGGUCCCGGUAGCCUCGGAUCUGCGGCGGUGAUGGAUGAGCCGUGGUGGGAAGGGCGCGUCGCCUCGGACGUCCACUGCACCCUGCGCGAAAAGGAACUGAAGCUGCCUACCUUCCGAGCCCACUCCCCGCUCCUGAAGAGCCGUCGGUUCUUUGUAGACAUUCUGACCCUGCUGAGCAGACACUGCCAUCUGUGCCCCUCAGCCCGGCACCUGGCCAUCUACCUGCUGGACCACUUCAUGGACCAAUACAACAUCACCACCUCCAAACAGCUGUAUACUGUGGCCGUCUCCUGCCUCCUGCUGGCAAGUAAGUUUGAGGACCGGGAAGACCGUGUGCCCAAAUUGGAGCAGAUAAACAGUACGAGGAUCCUGAGCAGCCAAAACUUUUCCCUCACCAAGAAAGAGCUGCUGGCCACAGAACUUCUGCUCCUGGAGGCUUUCAGCUGGGACCUCUGCCUGCCCACACCUGCCCACUUUCUGGACUACUACCUCUUGGCCUCCAUCAGCCAGAAGGACCACCACUGCCACACCUGGCCCACCACCUGCCUCCGAAAGACCAAAGAGUACCUGAAGGAGUAUGCCCACUACUUCCUGGAAGUUACCCUGCAAGAUCAUAUCUUCUACAAAUUCCAGCCUUCUGUGGUCGCUGCAGCCUGUGUUGGGGCCUCCAGGAUCUGCCUUCAGCUUUCUCCCUACUGGACCAGAGACUUGCAGAGGGUCUCCAGCUACUCCCUGGAGCAUCUCAGCACAUGUAUUGAAAUCCUGCUGGUAGCAUAUGACAAUGUCCUCAAGGACGCAGUUACAGCCAAGAGCCAGGCAUUGGCCAUGGUGCCUGGCACAUCACCAGCUCCCACCCAAGUGCUGUUUCAGCCGCCCGCCUACCCUGUGCUCAGCCAACCACCACCAACACUAGCCCAGUUCCAGAGUCCAGCGCAGGACUUGUGCUUGGCUUAUCGGGACUCAUUACAGGCCCAUCGCUCAGGAACCCUGCUCUCAGGAGACACUGGUCCAUCCCUCCACACCCCAUACCCAACCCUCCAACCCUUGGAUAUGUGUCCUGUGCCCGUCCCUGCAUCCCUUAGCAUGCAGAUGGCCAUGGCAGCAGAACCCAGGCACUGUCUUACAGCCACCUAUGGAAGCAGCUACUUCAGCGGGAGCCAUAUGUUCCCCACAGGUUGUUUUGACAGCUAGGCCACAUUUGGAGCACAUGGAGAACCCUGGAAGACCUAGACUGAAGAAGUGAGCACCUAAGAGGGAGAGUUCAGCCAGGUCAGGCAAAGAACCUAGUUCCCUGCAAUAGUGAGGAUCUGUGUGCUUUAAACAAACAACCCAGAGCAAACAUCCAGGGACAUACCUCACCCAACAGCAUCUCUCUGGGAACCUCUUCCACGAGUGCCUGGAGGACAAAGACAUGACUCUGUGGCCAUUCACUCCCUUGAGCUGGGGGAUCCGAUGGAGCACAUCAAACCUGAUGAGAGGCUUGAACAUUGAGGACUGCAUAGAGAUCAGUAGCACAUCUGGACUUUUCAAAGACUACUUUUCACAGCUAUGCCACUGAAAAAGAAGGGGCCGGUGGGCGGUGGAGACACAUGCCUUUCAUCCAAGCACUCGGGAGGCAGAGGC